UAAUCGAUUGCCGUAAGCUACAGGUCUGGCCCUGGUGUGGAGGACUAUAAAUGGGAGCAGGAGGCGUCAGACUUCCUGUUGCCACGGAAACAGAGCGCUGCCGCUUGGAACACGGUGUACAAUGUUCUUUAUAUCAAAUGAUGGGUGACCCUGGGAAAUGACCCUCACCUCCUCAAUUUCCUCUCCAGCUUCUUGCAAAAGUGGCCCCCUUAUCUGUCCUGUACUGGAGGCACAAUGGGCAGCGUGGGUAGCCUCCUCUCUGGGCAUGGAUUUAAAAGCAAGCAAGGAAGAGGUUCUCAGCAUCGUGGACGAAAACCACCCCACCUCAAGAAACUUAGUCGUUGCUCGGAUGGGAUCCUCCGAUUUGGUUUUUCCCAGGAAUCAGGACAUGCCAAGGGAGGGGGGUCAAAGAUGGGUCGGAGUGAAGACUUCUUCUACAUUAAAGUAAGCCAGAAAUCACAUGUGGGUCCAAGGGAGAAUUAUCAUGAAAGAGUGAGCAACAAUGAGCCCGAAAGUCAACCCGUCCCGGAGUAUCCUGUACCGACAAGCAAACCGUGUAACCAGCCCAGUAUGAUGCAGUUUCCCCAUCGGCUAGAACUAGAAAUGAAUGCCCUGCGCCCAUCACCUCUUAAGCCUGGAAUGCGAAGAAACUCAGCAGUCACAUGUUACCCAGCUGCAGAGAGUGGGCCUCAACUUUCUCUGUACUAUCGACCAGAUCGUUUGCGAGAGGCAGAAAGUCGGGCUGGGCACUGUAUAGGAGGCAUGUCAGAAUCCGGUAGAAACUCCAUGUCUAGCCUUCCAACACAUCCCAGCAAGCUGGGAACAGCAUGCCAACUCGAUGCAUUGCUAAUGCCAACAGGUCGUUUUGGAGGCAGCGCCCAUAAUAUCACCCAGAGUUCCCGAAGCAACAUGUUGAGCCUCAGAGCAAUGUCUUUGUCAGAUGGUGGAAAUGCUAAUAAAAUUAUCAGCGUACCCCCUAAGUCAGGUUUAAGGUCUCCUCCAUCUUGUGAUGACUUGGUAAGAUCAGAACCCGGUGAAAACACAGACGAAGGUCACAGAGGUCCUUCCAGGUCCCGGCAAAGUUCACAAAGGGGCCAGAGAGGCCAGCACAAGUUACAGAUUCAAGUGGCUCAGGAGCGAGAGUCUAUGGAAAGCAAGGUUCGAGCUUAUGAAAAGGAGAGGAAGCUUUCCAUGAGUCCAUCGAUGGAUGAAACACAGUGGGAGGUAUGCCAGAAAUCUUCAGAAAUUGCAUCUCUCCGCCAACAGCUACGGGAAAUUCAAGAAGAGUCUUCCCUUCGAGCCAGUGAAAUUCUCAGCUUGAAAGCCCAACUGCGGGAGACUAAAGGCCGAGCAGAGGCCCAGGAGCAGCGGGCAAGGGAAGCUGAGGAAAGACUACGUGUAGCAGAAGUAGAAAGGGAGGAGAGGGAAGAGACGGCAUCAUCAGAGGCCGAGCUGGAGACACUCCGCACAGAGCUUGAGGCCGAGCGUCAAAACAACGAGCAGAUGACAGAUGUCUUCCAGAGGGAGAGGAAGACAUGGCGAGAUGAGAAGGAGAAGGUCAUCCGUUACCAGCGCCAGCUGCAGCAAAAUUACCUUCAUAUGUGUCAACGAUGUCAGGCCCUAGAGCAAAGGCUGCGGGCUUUAAGUGGAGAGGACCUGGAUGAUGGGCCCAUUAUGACCCUUCCAGAUAUGGAGCUCUCCUUCCAGGACAUAUUAGCCACAGAGAUAUGACUGAAGCAAUGGUGUGAGAGAACAGAGUGAGUGUAAGGGUGCGUUCACACUGAGAAAUUGGAGAGGAAUCCUCGCGUAAAAAUUCUUCCGCGGAAUUUACGUUUUUUUAAACUCAGAAUUCUGAGCGGAAUUUACGCAGCGUGAACAGCGCAGAGUAAAAUACAUUGACGUCAAUGGCAAAACAGUUGUUAAUUAUUUAUAGGCGGAGAAUUCAAGAGGAAUUACUCAAGUAAAUUCCUCUUGAAUUACUCAUUGUGAACGCACCCUAAGAGUAGUUGACUGCUGUAUGACUGGGUGUAUGGAAUUUGAGAACUGGUCAUAAAGAAACAGAUGCCAAUCUGUGUACUGCAGUGUAUGGGGAGGGGGGGGUCAUAGCUGGGGAAGGGCUGGUUGAACAUGUUCCUUAGGCUAUUUUUAUGGAGGGGAAAACACCAAGAAAAAAGCCAAUUCUGCCGCAUGGCGUUUUUUCGGCCAAAAACGCUGCGGCCAAAUGUUAGCUGUAAAUCAAUGAGAAAUCGCUAAAUUCUUUUUACGCUUGCCGUUUUUCAGUUUGGCUUUUUUUUUUUAUCCUUUUGACGUUUUUUUCACUCUUUUUUUUAGCUCCUUGACGGGUUUUCCAAAGUCACAGCAUGUUGAGCCAAUGGCGUUUUUUUCCCUGAAAUCAUGGCAUUUUUCUCCCAUAGAAGUCUAUGGGAGUGAAAAAAAACGCCAAGAAAAACGACAUGUGGGUUUUAACUUUAGCGAUCCAAAAAAGUGAUGAAGAUACCUUUUUUAAUAAAAGUUUGUAGGGUAGCAUUAAAAAAUUAAAAAGAUACAGUAGUCAAUGAAGAAAUUGUAUCUAACGAAAUUUAUCUUUUUAUAACAAAAUUUUUAUAAAUUUUUAAAACAGGGAUCAAUUUAUGUGAACAGGUAGGGCACUAAAAAUGUAGCUGACAAUGAUAAAAAUGUGUUUGUGUGUGUUUUUUUCUUUAUUUUUUACAUUUUUUUAGAUAGUACUACUCCCAGCAUGGAACACACUGUCCCAUGAUGGGAGUAGUAGUACCUGUACUAAUUGACAGAUCACCCUGGUCCGUUGCGAUCCUUCUGGUCCCCUGUACUGACGUAUAUAUACACCUAUUCAUAUUUCCCGCAGAGAUCUGUGAUCGGCCAGAUGGUUCCAGCCAAUCACAGCUCUCUGCAGGAAAUAUGAAUAGGUGUAUAUGUACGUCAGUGCAGGGGACCAUAGAAGAGCGGCCAGCCGCAUCCAAACAUUAUACAGGAGGAUCACAGCGGGUGUCAGGAGUGACACUCGCUGUGAUCUUUCCUUAACUGCAGGUAAUAAAGCUCCCAACAUGAGGCAGAGUGUGCUCCAUGUUGGGAGUAGUAGUACCUGCAGUUAAGGACAGGUCACAGCGGGUAUCACUCAUGACACCCGCUGCGAUCGUCCUAUCUAUUGCAGAGAUGCUGAGCGGCUCUAUACAGCGCUCACAUCUCUGCAUUAUACUUCAGCCAGUGAUGUGAAUAGAACAUCACUCAUUCAUAUUUCCCUCUGAGAGCUGUGAUUGGCUGCAACCAUCCGGCCAAUCACCACUCUGGGUGGAAAAUAUGAAUGAGUGAUGUUCUAUUCACAUCACUGGCCAGAGUAUAAUACAGAGAUGUGAGCGCUGUAUAGAGCCGCUCCGCAUCUCUGCUAUAUUAUGGAUGAUCGCAUUGGGCGAUAUGUCUAUUAGUACAGGUACUACUACUCCCAUCAUGGAACAGUCUGUUCCAUGCUGGGAAUAGUAGUACUACCUAAAAAAUGUUAAAAAAAAAUUGAGAAAAAAAUUAAGUGAAACACACACACUUUAUUAAAAAUGAAUUAAAAUUUCAUUAUAAAAAAAUAUAUAAAUUCCGUGAAAUAAAUUUUUUUCCAUCACUACUGCAUCCUUUUUAUUUAUUUUUAUUUUUUGGUACCCAACAAAUUUAGGGUACCAAAAAAAAAAAACCGCCAAAUGGGUCAAAAAUGCAAUUUCCACUCAAAUGCAAAAAACGCAAGAAAAAAACACCAAACACAGGAAAAUGCUGUGGCGUUUUUUCUGGCGUUUUUUUGGGCCACAAAAAUAACAAGUAGAAACUUAGCCUUAGAUGGUGAAUGUUAAGGUGGGGUGUCAACAAUCUUCAUUGCUUUGGCCUGGGUGUCUAUUACAGGGGAGAUAAUCUUUUUUAAUUAAAAAGCACUGAGACUCUAACUAAAUUUUUGACAUGUCUGCAUGACGUGACACUAACGCCUUCACAAUCAAUCGUCAUAACCAUAUAUACAUUGCACUGCAAUGCAGUGCAAGCUUAGAAGCAGCACAUAAUAUCACUACUCAAAAAAAUAAAGGGAACACAAAGAUAACACAUUCUAGAGCUGAAUGAAUGAACUAAUCGUAUGAAAUACUUUCAUCUUUACAUAGUUGAAUGAGCUGACAACAAAAUCACACAAAUUAUCAAUGAAAAUCAAAUUUAUCAACCCAUGGAGGUCUGGAUAUGGAGUCACACUCAAACGCAAAGUGGAAAACCACACUACAGGCUGAUCCAACUUUGAUGUAAUGUCCUUAAAACAAGUCAAAAUGAGGCUCAGUAGUGUGUGUGGCCUCCACAUGCCCGUAGGACCUCCCUACAAUGCCUGGGCAUGCUCCUGAUGAGGGGGCGGAUGGUCUCCUGAGGGAUGUCCUCCCAGACCUGGACUAAAGCAUCCGCCAACUCCUGGACAGUCUGUGGUGCAACGUGGCAUUGGUGGAUGGAGCGAGACAUGAUGUCCCAGAUGUGCUCAAUCGGAUUCAGGUCUGGGGAACGGGCGGGCCAGUCCAUCAAUGCCUUCCUCUUGCAGGAACUGCUGACACACUCCAGCCACAUGAGGUCUAGCAUUGUCUUGCAUUAGGAGGAACCCAGAGUUAACUGCACCAGCAUAUGGUCUCACAAGGGGUCUGAGGAUCUCAUCUCGGUACCAAAUGGCAACCAGGCUACCUCUGGAAAGCACAUGGAGGGCUGUGCGACCCCCCCAAAGGAAUGCCACCCCACACCAUUACUGACCCACUGCCAAGCCAGUCAUGCUGGAGGAUGUUACAGGCAGCAGAACAUUCUCCACGGUGUCUCCAGACUCUGUCACGUCUGUCACAUGUGUUCAGUGUGAACCUGCUUUCAUCUGUGAAGAGCACAGGGCGCUAGUGGCGAAUUUGCCAAUCUUGGUGUUCUCUGGCAAAUGCCAAAUGUCCUGCGCGGUGUUGGGCUGUAAGCACAACCCCCACCUGUGGAUGUCGGGCCCUCAUACCGACCUCAUGGAGUCUGUUUCUGACCGUUUGAGUGGACACAUGCACAUUUGUAGCCUUCUGGAGGUCAUUUUGCAGGGCUCUGGUAGUGCUACUCCUUGCACAAAGGCGGAGGUAGCGGUUCUGCUGCUAGGUUAUUGCCCUCCUACGGCCUCCUCCACGUCUCCUGAUGUACUGGCCUGUCUCCUGGUAGCGCUUCCAUGCUCUGGACACUACGCUGACAGACACAGCAAACCUUCUUGCCACAGCUCGCAUUGAUGUGCCAUCCUGGAUGAGCUGCACUACCUGAGCCACUUGUGUGGGUUGUGGACUCCGUCUCAUGCUACCACUAGAGUGAAAGCAUCGCCAGCAUUCAAACGUGACCAAAACAUCAGCCAGGAAGCAUAGGAACUGAGAAGUGGCCUGUGGUCACCACCUGCAGAACUACUACUUUAUUGGGGGUGUCUUGCUAAUUGCCUAUAAUUUCUACCUGUAGUCUGUUCCAUUUACACAACUCCAUGUGAAAUUGAUUGUCAAUCAGUGUUGCUUCCUGAGUGGACAGUGUGAUUUCACAGAAGUGUGAUUGACUUGGAGUUACAUUGUGUUGUGUAAGUGUUCACUUUAUUUUUUGAGCAGUGUAUUAUGAGAAAUGUUUGAUGGUAGCCAUUUGGUUAACCUGCCAGUAGUCACAAUAGUCAGUACAUUCAAGGCGUUGGCAGGAGGGUACCCUGGAAUAUACUCCAUCAAGUCCUUAUCUCUGAUGAGCUUGUGCAUGGUCUUGGGGUUCCAAAAGUCAUGCUUGAGUCCCUUCAGUUUGUACUUUCUCACAGUCCAACAAAUACAUCACCAUCGAUCCAGGAAGGUUGCCAUUUGUCAAAUGCAAAAGUGGCCCACUGCAAAGUGUGAAAGUCACCCUUGUGUCGCUCCCUGUACAUAGCAAACCACUUUACUCUGUAUUUUGGAGCCUCAGAUGAAGUGAAACAUAGUCCUGGUAUAAAACCAGGCUUCCUUCCAAAAAGAUGAGACACUUUCUCUCUCUCACAGCUGUUUCAGGGUCCUUGCCUUACUCCAAAAGAGCUGUCUACACAUCCUUGGAUGUCUCAUCUGUCUGGACAAUGGUCCGUCUAGUCUGAGUUUUUCUAAUUGCCGCAUUGGCCGCUUAUAAGUCUACAUGCACCACAUGGUCUCUUCAAUGGUAAUCCAUAACCCCCCUGAACCCCAGGAGAAGAAAAGACUAGUUUUGUCUCUGCAUCUAUAUAAAUCCUGAGUGAACAUUUUUUGCAGAGUAUUGUGUUUUGUGAGAGGACAAAUGUGAGUAAG